AUGAAAUCUGUCACUUUUAGUUUGCCUAUUAUGCUCUUUAAUUUUGGUUUAAAUUCAAACGGAUUUUAUUCGUAUUUGUUUCGAUAGCAAGUUUUUAAUUGACUGGCCUAGCCUAACGACAAAUAUGGGAUCAGUUUGUAGACCCUAUCAUCAUCUUCCCUUAUGAUACAGCCAAAUAGCAAGCCAAAGUUUCUCAAUUAUUGGUGUUAUUUAGUGGACUAAGGAAAAAUCUACAUGCUCAUUUAUGUCACUUUAAUUGGUUUCUAAUGGAUCCUUUGAAUUUACCCGAAGAAGUAACUGAACAAAUAUUUUGUCUGCUGCCUGUUGAAGAUCUCUUAUCAUGUUGUCUGGUCAAUUGUGAUUGGAGAAAUGCUGUAAAUAAAAAUGUAAUAUGGAAAAGGCACUGCAGUACAAAACUAGAUUUGGAAAAUAUGACAUGCGUCGUUAGUCCUGCAUUUGAAAUAACAAAAAUUGACAGUGAAAGCUUAACUCCAAUAUGUGACUACAGACUGAAAUACAUGCAUGAAGUUCACUUAUACAAUAAUUUUAGAAACAACAGAUGCAAGGAAUAUAAAUUUUCUAGAGGUAACAUCGAUAAGACGGAAUUAAUAAACAAGUAUCUCUUAUUGAACGAAGGUUAUAAAAACAUGUUCCAUGUGUGGGACAUUGAAGGUACGCCUUUUCAAGUCCAGUCCGUACCAUAUUUACUCCAGCAGAUGAACGCCCAACUUUUCCAAGCUGUUGGAGAUAGCCUAUUGAUAGUGCAGUGUAAUCUAUUACAAGUGUAUAUAAUCAUUGACGGUGUAGUGUCACUGAAACUUUGUAGAAUAUUUGAUAAAGAAGAAGAUUUUUCUGAUAAAAUUCCCGAUAUUAAUAAAAUAUCCACGUGGUACUCUGACAACAUUGGUUGGUACCCGUGUGAUUUUACUAGUAUGAAUGAGGUUGUAGGUAACUACUUCAUCGGAAUUAUAGAGCAAUCCCACGGUAAAGAUUCAGUUAUGCACAUUUGGGAUUUGACCUCAGGAAAUAAACUGAAAGAAGAAAUCAUCCCUGUGACUGACGAAAGUGUGGAAAACAUUUGCACCGGAAGAAAUUCAAGCUGUCUCUUCAUAGCUCUUUACCUAAACUCAAGAGGAAACUUCGGAGGGAUCCGCUGUAAAAUCUAUAGUUACGAUUUGAAAAAACUAGAAUAUACACAGUUUUAUGUGGAAUCCAACCACUCAAUCCCGUUUAUGUUGUUUGAGGAAAAAGUGGUGGUUUUACCGUGCGACCAGUGGGAAAACAGUGGAAGCUACGUUUUCCACAAUUCAGUUACAGGGGAGAAAAUUGCGGAAAAACAUUUUGACAAUCCCAUGAACCCGAAAGCUUUGGACUCAAAUAACCAGGUUCUAGUUUUUGGAAGUGGCAACACUGUAACUGUAGUCGAUCUGGUUACGCUUAAAGUACUAGUGUUUUUCUCAGUUGAUUUUGAGGUUAUAGAAGUUCAUCUACUGACCAAUAACAUUCUGCUGGUCGGAGGAGUGGAUUAUCACUUUGUGCUGGAAGUGUGGGACAUCAAGCGAACCCGGAAAUUGUACACACUCGGCGAGAGGUCCAUCAUGAUGUGUGCCAGAUCCUUGCCUAGGCUAUGUUUACAGAGUAUGUAUGCAAUCCAUGUUUCUCACUACUGGUGACAUUUGCUAGGAAAUCAACCAUCCAUAUAAUCAAACAACUUUGCAUCACUCGAAUAAUUUACUUUGAAUAGGCCUAAUUAAACACUGAAGUCAGAUUUUGUUUCUGUUUCAUGUCAGUAACAUUAAACACUAGUAAUUUCAGGGAAAAUUUUAAGAUUUACGCUUUAAUAUUUGGUUAUAAAACUAGAGGACACUAUUGCUUAUAAUUAAAUCCUUUUAUUUGGUUAAAAACAGUUGUAAUUAGUACGGUACAUGCCACAAGGUCAGGAAGUGGGUGUUUACGGUAUGAGCUUGAUAGUUCCUGUGUGAGGUUGCCAAACGUGGGAUUUCAUGUGAGUACCUCGACACCUUCCCGGGUGAGUUGCACCUGCUACUUUUCGCCAUACUACCAGUAACCAGUGUUUGCAAUAAGUGUUUUUACUAAUUUAGAUGUGUAGACUAACAUAGUAUCAUUAACCUAUUAAAUAUAUUUUGCUCAUUUCGGAACUUUGAAAACAUGGAAAACACAGACCUGUAUUUAGAUUUAAAUGGCAGCAGAUUUGACUUUUAUUUCAUGUGAAAUUUCACAAUAUUCUGUAUUGUUUGUAAAGAGUCUUCUGUAAACAAUUAAUUUACACCAACUGAACCUACAUGAAUUGGGUGGAACUGAUGUAAAAAUUGUCUUCAGAUGAUGAUUAAUCAAUUUGGGAAGACGUUCUAUAUCUAUUAAAUUAGCUGUACAAGUAAGCUUAUGGUAUAGUCCCAGUUUCCUAUAUUUUAGCAUAAUCAAUUAAAAUAUUUUCAAGAAAUCCUCUUGUUACAAUAUAUUAUACAUAAGUAUAAUUGAACUUUUUAACUUAGGCUAUGCCUGGAUUGUGCCUUUGAUGUUUUUAAUUUGCUGUAUGUAACACCCUUUUUUUAUCUCCAAGAAUCCCUUUUUUUACUUGUUAAUUUAAGACUGAUAUAUUUUUUUAAAUAAUUUAUUAUAUGUAUAUCUACCUGUGAUGUAAAAUGGAAAUGAAUGGUUUAGUUCGAUUUCAGAUUGCUUCAAAAGCAAUAAAACAUUUUAAAAUCUGUCCUUUAUUGUUAUAGUAAUAUUAUAUAUUUUAUUACACUAUUAACUACUGUUACCUUGUAGUCUUAUCACAAAUUAUUUACAGAUUAUUAUUUAAAACCUGCUAGUAAUUUGUAUUGUAAAGGUCAAGUGAAUGGGGUUUUUUUAAUGUGAUAACACAAUUUUUUCAAAUGUAACUUCAUCACCUAAAUUUUUUUAGUAAUGUUUGUAAGUUAUUGGCAAGCAAAUAGUCUUGUUGUUUGGAUGUUAUUACU